AUGCAGACACUGGACAGGUAUCUUGCAGGAAAAGAAAAAGACAGUUGCAUUACAGAUGUCAGAAAAGCAGCAAGCAACAGCCAACAGCCGUUGACGCACGUCGCGUCUACCGGUAUGCUUGCCACAUUUACUGCAGGGCCAAGGGGUGCAAGGACAUUUACUCUGGGACCUCUUUGGGGACCUCUCUGGACACCUCUAGGAUCCCAAUCCACGCGCCAGGCAAACACCAACAAGAUCCAGUCCAGUCCAUCUUACUGGUGUAUCCCCCAACGACCGACUAGAACACAGUUCUCUACGGCGUUAUACUCCGUCGUCGACUCUUCGUCCGCUUCUUCACACGUGCGAUCGCCGGCUGCCCAGGCCCCAGACGGUCCUGCACCACCUUUUUGCGCAAACGAGUCUAGCCCCCUUUUGGCCUUCACCAUCUCCACGGCCACGGCUCGCUCGAUGCUCACCAUGACACCAAACCUGACCAUCUCAAUCUCCGCCCCCGCCCAGCCCCAACACGAGUCGACAAAUUCGCCAUUCCCGUACCCACCAUGUACCCAGGGCUUCCGAUCUUCGCCAGCCACAUUGGGCAGCUUACUGGCGUGUUUCACUCGUGUCAUUCUCGACCGUGGUUCCCCAAGCGAGUGCCAAGGUGACAAGAGCUGCAUCCACCGUUCACCCACACAGCGCGCGCACAUUGUUUUGGACGCAGGAUCAAGAACAGUGGGCAUUGUCUGCAAGGAACCACGGGCGCUGAAGCCUGAAAGUGCCGUUGCCCUGGACCCUGCUGCAGUGCAUGAAGCUACCGUAUCCCUCUCACCCCAGCAUGGAAUUCGGCCGUUCUUGACGCUGCUGUUCCUGCAUCUUCAAACAGGGCGCGCGUGGCUGUACUACAUCGAAGAUCCAGAAGAUCCAGAAUACCGCCAAAGUGUACCGGUACGCCACCACCGGGCGAACCCCUCUUUUUACCUAGCCUCUCUCGUGCACUACCAACCGGCACCUCUGAUCGUUUCGAUGUGGACUGUCCUUGAAUCUGGCACUGCCCCGCACUGA